AUGUUUGCUAUUCGUUUUUUUAAUAUUUGCACACUCGAAUUUUAUUUUUAUUUUUUUUUUUUUUUUUUUUUUUUUCAAUUAAAUAAAAACAGGGCUUUUUCAUUAAAACAAUUGUUCCAAAAAUAA